UCUUCUUCUGCCAUUUUUUUGGGCUUUGUCUUCUCCGUCAAAGCCAACGCAGCGUCUCUGUCUCCAACCGUCCCUCCUCUCUUCUCUCCCUCUCUCUCGCACGCAUACUUCUCGAGCUCGUUAUCUUCCUGUGUUGUCAGGCUUUCAUAGGAAACAGAGAGAGUGGGGAAGAAGAGGAGGCACGCAAGAUGAGCUUUAGAGGAGAGGAGAGUGGGAGCGAGGACGGGCGAGGCGACCUCAGGAAGCCGUUCCUCCACACGGGGAGCUGGUACCGGAUGGGGAUGGGGUCGCGCCAAUCCAGCCUCAUGGCAUCCUCCGCCUCCGUCAUCCGCGACUCCUCCAUCUCCGUCGUCCUCUGCACCCUCAUCGUCGCCCUCGGCCCCAUCCAGUUCGGCUUCACCGGCGGCUACUCCUCCCCCACCCAGGAUGACAUCAUCGCCGACCUCGGCCUCACCCUCUCCGAGUUCUCGAUCUUCGGCUCUCUGUCCAACGUCGGAGCCAUGGUGGGCGCCAUCGCCAGCGGCCAGAUCGCGGAAUACAUCGGUCGCAAAGGGUCGCUGAUGAUCGCUUCAAUUCCUAACAUCAUCGGCUGGCUGGCGAUUUCCUUUGCGAAAGACUCGUCGUUCUUGUAUAUGGGUCGGUUGUUGGAAGGAUUCGGCGUUGGUGUGAUCUCCUACACAGUGCCUGUCUAUAUAGCAGAGAUAUCACCUCAGAACUUGAGAGGCGCACUUGGCUCUGUGAAUCAGCUCUCUGUGACUAUUGGCAUUUUGCUCGCUUAUCUGUUGGGUAUGUUUGUUCAUUGGAGACUGCUCGCAGUAAUAGGUAUCUUGCCAUGCACAAUUCUCAUACCUGCUCUCUUCUUCAUCCCAGAAUCUCCGAGGUGGCUGGCAAAAAUGGGCAUGAUGGAAGAUUUUGAAGCUUCUCUACAAGUUCUGAGAGGAUUUGAUGCUGACAUUACUGUGGAAGUUAAUGAAAUUAAGAGAUCAGUGGCAUCAUCAACCAGAAGGACAGCAAUCCGAUUUUCACAACUGAAACAAAAAAGAUAUAAACUUCCUCUUAUGAUAGGCAUUGGUCUCCUUGUGCUGCAACAGCUAAGUGGAAUCAACGGCAUUCUAUUUUAUGCCAGCAACAUUUUCAAAGCUGCCGGGCUUACGAAUGGUAAUCUGGCGACAUGUGGUCUUGGAGCUAUUCAGGUUGUUGCUACUGGAGUUACCACCUGGUUACUGGAUAGAGCUGGCCGAAGAAUUCUGCUUAUUAUCUCCACUAUAGGAAUGACUUUAAGUCUUCUUCUAGUUUCAGUUGCAUUUUUUCUGGAGGGUGCCUUCUCUGAAGAAUCUCAUUCUUAUUAUGUACUGAGCAUCCUGUCUUUGGUUGGUCUCGUGGCUUAUGUCAUUGCCUUCUCCCUUGGGGUGGGAGCAAUUCCAUGGAUUAUCAUGUCUGAGAUACUGCCUGUUAAUAUUAAGAGCCUUGCUGGUAGCGUAGCAACACUGGCCAACUGGUUGACAUCGUUUGUGAUAACAAUGACUGCAAACUUGCUUUUGAAUUGGAGCACCGGAGGUACCUUUACCAUCUACACCGUCGUGAGUGCUUUGACAGUACUGUUUGUCAUAAUAUGGGUGCCCGAGACCAAAGGGAGAACUCUCGAGGAAAUCCAGUGGUCUUUCCGGUGAGUUCUCUUAACAUAUAUCUUAAGCAGCGUGCUAUGACGGAGACACGUUGCUUGGGAAAAUCUCCACCAUGUUCAGCUGUGGGUAAAAUCUGCUUCGAGACAUCCAAACUUCAAGAAAUUUGUUAUCGAGGCACUUGUCAGAAAAAAUUUUGUCUGUGAUGUUACAAAUUUUAUAAGCUAUUUGUUGUUCAGGGAGAUCACAGUUCAGUUCAACAGUAACGGAACUCUGUUUGCAUUGUAACUUCAAAGUUCCAGAAUUCAAAAUUUUCAAUUCAAUGUGAGGAGACAAAUAAACUGCAACAUGGGUUGAUAAACUUGUAAUUGAAUAAUGAAGGUCCGAGCUUGAUCAUUUCUUGGUGCCUUU